AUGAAAAACGACUCAAUUAAAGGAAAAACAGAUACUGAGAAACUCAACUUAAUGCAGAGGCUACAUACACACUUAGCUAACUUUAGUUGUGAGAGUCGUCCAGGACCUGGCUACGUGUUGCGUUCUUACACCUUCCACCAUGAUGGUACCUUCUAUCUGCUGCUACACACCUACCAUGACGCCUCCUGCGCCCACCCCGCCCACACCCUGGUGGCCCACGGCCGCCUCACCCUGGGGCGCCCAUCAUGGGUCACCCCCGGGGGUACUGAGGCGGAGUACACACUGUCAAGGGUGGAGGUUGUGCCACACACUCACAGAGAUGCUGCCCUCGUAGCCGCUGUUGUCAACGCCUCGUGCCCCGGCAAGGUCAUUAAGCCGUGGAAACCACACAAGCCUCACACGGUGCUCUCCUACACGGAGACCGCCAACGAGGUGACUGAAGACGAUGACUGUGGCAGAGGUCUGGGAGGAGCCUGGCAUGAACUACAACUGGUGAGGGUGGAGAUCACAGCGCCCAUACACCAGCAUCACCAACAACACUCUGACAACCCCUCCACCACCACCUCCUCCAUGAACCACCCACAAACUGACGACUCUCCCUCCACCCCCUCAAUGCAUCAACACCAUCCACACGACAGCAGCAACCCCUCUUCCAUCAAUCAACAACGUCCACACGACAGUGGUAACCCCUCCACCUCCAUGCACCACAAUGACGGCUACCCCUCCACCUCCCCCUCCAUGACGGGAGGCAGCAAGAAGCUCUUCCUGGGAGACCUCCACACAAACAUCAACAAGCAAGAGCACUACCGCCCCACAGGUUACCAACAGCCUCUCCUCAACGCCAGAUAUGUAAGUACUCAAUACAUCUCAUGUGUUAUCACGCUAUCUUCGGCAGGAUUCGUGUGUAAAUGCCUCAACUUUUGA